AUGACUAUGAAACGGCGGUUUUUAAUAUUUUUAAUAAUCAUCUCCAUCUGUUGCUUUUUCUCGUUUUAUAUUUCAACAAUUUCAUCAGAGUCUAGUGGUCAAAAAAUAAGAAAUGAAUCGGUAGUAACAUUAGAAAUGUGAGUUAGGCUAACUGAAAAAAAAUGCAAAAGUUUUCAAGAACUUCUGUUUAGAAAUACCACCACAGUAACAACAACUAUCCAAGAUACAACUGAAGUUGAGACUGUUGAAACAUCGACUUCAUCAAGAUAUGCAACAUUUUCAAUGUUUAUCCCACCAUAUAUUCCGUUCAGAUCUACGUUUGUGGUAAAAACUUUUAAUUUUAAUUAAAUCACUCACUUAUUUCUUCAGGGUUCUCCAAAAUAUAAAAUAGCCGCGUGUCGAAUACAAAAAAACUUGUCGACAAUACUCUUGAACUUGUUUUGUUUUCUGAAUACUCCUGUCAAAUUCAGAAGGCGAGCGCACUCUCUAACAUCAGAGUUUGAGGCAAAGUAUGUGGUAUAGAAUACCAAUAAAGGAAAUAUAAUUAAUUCGGUUUUAUUUUCAGCUUAUCAUCUUUGACGUGCAAUAGUUCGCAUACAACGGAUGUUUUUGCGAAUCCGAUUUAUGAGACGAAAUGGGUUGUUAUAAGGGAUCCUGUCGAGAGGUUUUUAUCAGCGUUUGUUGAUAAAUGUUUGCAGUUAGUUUUUUUUUUCAAAUUGCUUGAAGUUUGACAUCAAAACCUCGAUUAGAAGGUGUUUAUUGGAACUUUUUGUUGAAAGCUUCCAGAAAACCAAUAAGAAUUAUUGAAAAUCUAAAAAGUUUCAAAUACAUCUCAUGUUUAUAUUUUCAGUGAAGCUCGAUAUGUUCCACGUCGAUGUUAUGGUUGUGGAAAUAGUAUGCUAUGCGUGCUUCAAAAACAAUAUUUCCGAUUUUUGAAACAUUCUCAAGGACUCAUCUCUUAUGAAAAUUAUACCUAUGAAGAUCGACAUUUUGCGCCAAUGUCAUGGUUUUGUGAAUUCAACAAAAAUAAUCUGCACACUUUCAAAUAUUUUUAUUUUGGAGAAACUGAAAAACAACAAUCACAGACAAUUUUUGAUAUUAUAGAUGAAUUUAAAAAGAGUGGAGUUAAUCCAGAUGCAAUUAACUUGAUUACGAAACAACUCACCCGUUAGUUUUCCGAAGUUUGGGUUUCUUAAAAUUAUAUUUUUAUUUUUCUAGAAAAUCGGACUAAACAUAGUACGAGUGGUUCAUCGACUCGAGAAGCAACUGGAAAAAUUAUGCGCGCAAAUCAACAUAUCAUGGAAUAUUUAUAUUUGAUUUAUGAAAAUGAUUAUCGUGUUUUUAAUUUGACGUCACCUUUUACAAAUAUUUACGGGUUAUAGGUUGAAUAUUUAUCUUCAAAUAAAUUUUGAAAAUCUUAUUGAAAAUUGUUUACCUGGGUUUUUCGAAAAAAUUGAUCGAAAAAUUGUUAGCUGGAGAAUUGAUUUUCAGGAAGCAAUGUUCCAGUUUCCUAUUUUUCUGAACAAAAUUCAAUGAAUUUUUUCGACCAUUAUGAAGAACUUCUAUCUGCCAGAGAGUUUAACUUUUGAUUCAAACACAUUUUGAAUGAACAAUUAUCCAUAAUUUCUAUGGGAAAUAUGCUCUCGAAACAAUCUGGGAACACAUUCAUAUUUUGCGGAAAUUUUUCUUUUAGUCGCUCUUUCAUCAAAAUCUCGUGGCUACAGAUGUUUCAUGAUAUUUGCCAGACUUCAUCUGUUUUUGGUGUCUGUAUGGAAAAAGAUCAUUGCGAUCACACGCUAGCACGUUUUGGAACAUUUUCUUCCAGAUGUGUGUGUUUUUUUCACAAUUCCUAGCAAGGGAGGUCCAACAUGUGUUCAGUUUAUUCUUCAUUAUAAUGUUUGGGGCUAGCUAACCGUAUGUAUUCUUUUUCAAUUUAUUCAGCUGAAACCUUCUUUGUAUUGUAUCGUUUUCAUCGAGAAAAUUUUCUAAUUCAAGUGAAACUGAAAAAUUUUCCCUUGUAAGAUUUCGUGUAUAUCAACAAUUUUCAAAACUGGAAGAUUUUCGUUGAAACGGAUUUUGUAGUCAAAAUUGUAUUGUCGAAAUAAGCCUGGUUUAAUUGGAAAAAAUUUUUCUUGGAAAAAAUAAAGUAAAUUCUCAAGUUUUAUGUUGAUUUGAAUCAUUCUUGAAAUAUAUUUGAGAAAAAUGGUUAGGAGAUUUAAAGAAUUUUUCGAUUUCAAUUUGAAAAAAUUGUUUUUCUUCAGAAUUUAUAUUUGGGGAAAAUCCUUUGUCUUUUGACGAAAAAUGCCGAUUUUUUGCAUAAUUUUUGUCAAGAAAAAUUCAAUUUUCUUUAGGUUUCGUUUGAGCUACAGUGUUUAAAGAAAGAAUUUGUUCAUAGUAAAAUAGUUUAGCUAUUCAAAUUCCAAAGUUUUUGUGAACAAGUUCACUGAAAACUAUGUUUUCAUUCAUUGAUGACUCUCGACCACACUACGAGAAAAAAAUUAUAUGUAAAAAAAGCCUUGCACUUUCUAAUUUUUGAAUUGUCAUUUUGAGGCUCCAGUAUGAUUUUGCGCAGAUGAACUUGAAUAUUUUCUGUUAUAUUUUUCAGAAAAUAGAAUUCGAUACUGAAAAUUCGUAAUUUUUCCAAGUAGUUGCGUGAUCGCUUUUCAAAUUAUGAAAUCAAACAACUAGCGUGCAAUGUUUUUUUCCUAGAAAUUGUUACGUUUCUGAUUGUAAAAUUUAGAAAAAAAAACUAGAUUCGUGAGAAAUUGUAACUCAUUUUCCUGGAAUUCGCGUGCCCUUGGAUUUUGAAUCAAUUUUUGCUAUAAAAACCUCCAAAUUUCCCAAAAAAUCAUUCAUUCUUAUGUUUUGCCAAGUCAUUUCCCCCAAAUAUUUUGAUUUCUCGAUUUUUGUUGUUAGUAUAAUUGGGAAGAAAAAAUGUCAUUUUCUCAUAACACACCAUCUGUUGCACUUCCCAAAACUACUGUCCCUUUGCAAAACACCGUUGUUGUGCAUUAUAUGACACCUCUAAAACAGUAAAUGUGCCAAAAAAGUGGGCGUGGUCAACCUAAAGGCAUCCCUCUUCACCAUCGAUAUCAUAAUAGCUCAUUAUUACUUUAUUGUUCACUCGAUAAAUGUGAGCACUUUCUUCUCUCUCUCCUUAAGGAGUACUGUAGUAUUUUUCUGCUAAUUGUUUCUCAUAAAACUUCUCUUUUUGCUCUUUUCUCUCACUUAUAACAUUACAACGACAUUUAGAAAAGAAUACAAAAACUGUCCCGCAUUGCCCAGUUUUUUUUUGUUUUUUUAUAUACAUAUCACCAUUGUGUUCCUUUCUUCUUUAUUACAUAUUUCAAAAAAAUUUAUGAAAACCAUCUGAUAGAAUUACAGUACUUCUUGAUACAUCAGGCUUCUAAACUUUUAUUGGACACAGUAACCUAUUAUCUUGAAAAUUCUAUUUUUCCAAUAUAACGAGUCUCAAAAAUUAUAUACGUAUGUAUUUUUGAAUGAAAACUUUUGUCAUUAUUCAUUCUCAUUAUUUCUCCAAUUUUAUUCAAAAAUAGUUGUACUUUUACAAACUUCGCACCUGUUGUCCAUUGUCUAUCAAUUAUAGCGUGGCCCUUGAAUACAGUAAGAGGUCAAAAGUUUCCCAAAAGCAAUAUGUAUCUUUUUUAUUGUUCUUUCUAUCAAAGUGCUCUUUUUCCAAUAUCAUAUUGUUUUUCUUUUUGUUUCGUAUAUCAAUACAGUUUUGUGACAAUUCUGAUUUCUUUUUUUUAUUAUACCAACAAAAAAUGUGAUUUUUUUCAGUGUCAUAAUGGCUGCUGUCUCAACCGUUUCCGUCGAAGUCCCAACUUUUGAUCAUGAAGAGAUCAUCGAAUUGCCUUCACUUGUUGAAGAAAACGAAGUUCCAACACUUCAAGAUGCUGAGGCAAACAAUUCUGCUUCGAACAAUUUGCUUGAGGACGAGCUUCCGAGCCUUGAAGAAUUGUUGGAACUUCCAACAAUUGAAGUUGUUCGUGAGGAUGAUGCUCCCGAAGUCAUUGAACAAGUCAAUGAUGAAGUUGAGCUGGAAGAAAUCGAGCCAAAUGAAGAUACUUUCGUUGUGUUUGUCGAUUCGGAGAUUGGAGAAGGAAAUGCUGUGGCGGCGGUGAAAAAAGAAAUCGCGGGAGAAAAGAAGAAUGGCGAUCCUUUUAAACUUGUCGAAUUGAUGCAACGAACAGCAUCAGAUGUGGUAGAAAGGGUUUUUAGUGGUGUAAGUUUAUUGAAAGAUGUUUUCAUCGAAAAUCUCAUAGAAAAAACCAAUAUUGUUUUUUUUUCAGCUCACUUAUCGAGAGGCCAACAAUCUUCGUCAAACUUGUACGAUGAUGGAUAAGCUCUACAUAAAAUCUCGUAGAUCUGUGAACGGACCAAUUUGUAAUGUUCUAGUCACGAUCAUCAAAACUGAAUUCAUCAUCCAAAUUCUGAACGACGCCGCGACACCGGAGGAAAAACUGAUUUUGCCAGAGGAAGAUUGGGACAAGUAUUUGAGAAAUGUAACUUGCGAAAAUCUCAAUAUUGAUAUUGGAAUGGAUGAUAUGACUGUUGAUGGGCUUCGUCAAUUUUUCUCGCAUUGGACAAUUCACAAUCUUCAUUAUGCUGGACCAUCGAUCACACCAGAAAAGAUUCGAUUGUUCGAAGAGAUGAGUCAAGAUACGUUGACUUUGAAUUUGGAAACACACGAUAGUACUGAAAUUGUUGCGAGAAAACUUGAAAAAGUUUAUAUCUUGCGCAAAACACCGUGCUUCUUUGAUAUGAUUAAUCAUAAUCGUAACAUUUCAAAAAUGCAUGUCAGAAUCACAUGGUCAACAUUGCAAAGAGCUCUUCCUAAAAUGAAGGUAUGUAAUUUUUUGAGUGACAAUUUGUUCAAUAAAAUUUUUUUGCAGUAUAUGGGAGGCAACAUUGACGGCCUUGUUCAUUGGGAAAUCGAUUUAUACGACGUGCCACUUUACCAACAUGCCGAAGUUCUAGCUGUUAUAAGUCAAUUUAUCUCUUACCUUGAGCAAUUAUCAUUGGUGAAAAUUCGCGUUGUCGUUGAAGAUGUUGAACAUGCAUACAUGACAAUUGAUAUUCGCAAUAAAGAAGAUGAUGAUACUGAUACCGAAGUAGAAGAAGUGGACGAGGAAGAAUCAGAAGAGGAAGAUUUGGAUUCCAAUGACGAUUCAUCAUCCGAAGAUGAGGAAUAG